AAAUUGAAGCUGUGUAGGACAAAAAAAACAUCGAACGACGCAUUUAGCUGUUCUACGAGUGGUCUGAGGCAGGCGUUGGAUUACGAGCAUUUAAGUACCACGUUAUAAUAAAGAUGGUUUUGGUUAACAGCUCGGAGAUUUAACGAUACUCCUACUAAGGUUCUAACGAUGAUCUUAGCCGUAAGAUGCUUUUUGGAAACCAGGCCCUGGUCUUUAAACUAUACUCCGUUAUUGCACCUGCUGCGACUAUGAUGGGCGUCAAAUUCGAACCGCUUCAUGCCAGGGGCGAGAGGGUUAAAACUGGGAGGGAUCACUCUCCGGAGCCUGACGUAUCCAGCACAGUCAUUGCAGAACUGGGUUGCAACGUUAAUAAAAGCUGCAUUAUACUGCUGGAUCAUCGGCGUUGCAUGCAUUUAAAUACAGGCAUCAUCUCAGGCCCAUUGAAAGCGACUGGAAUGCUUUUUCACACCUCUACAACGCUAACAGGAAAUUCUGACUUAUUUUCUUGGUUUCUAUAUCUGUACAGAGGGCGUUGCAGGAAAGACAGAAAGUGACAUGCCCUUCAUUCGUAGCCGGACGCGGUUAAUUCAGAAUGGUGCAUUUUAAUUUGUGUAUCUAGAAUACGCGGAUUUUCGUAUAACUGUUGUGAUAACGGCGGAUACGACAAUAUCUAUUACAAAUCGAUCAAAACGGAUGCUAAAAUGCGAGGUGCCAGGUCGAUUUGAGCGGGUGGAUGGCCAAUCUGAUGUUAACAAUUGCGUUUCUCCCCGCGUCUGCCGCGUUGCUAUGCUGUGAAGCUGGUCGUGAAGACCGGGCACUCGAGCCAUGCUUCCCGGGGUCGGCGUGUUUGGCACCAGCUUGACCGCGCGUGUGAUUAUCCCUCUUCUGAAGAACGAAGGAUUCGCCGUCAAGGCUCUAUGGGGACGGACUCAGGAGGAAGCAGAGGAGCUGGCCAAGGAAAUGAACGUACCGUUUUAUACCAAUAGAAUCGACGACGUUUUGCUGCAUCAGGAUGUGGAUUUGGUGUGCAUUAACCUGCCUCCACCUUUGACGCGGCAGAUUGCUGUCAAAACAUUAGGUAUCGGUAAGAAUGUGAUCUGUGACCGCACCGCCACCCCACUGGAUGCCUUUCGCAUGAUGUCGGCCGCCCAGUACUACCCCAAGCUGCUGAGCAUCAUGGGAAACGUACUGCGCUUCCUUCCCGCCUUCGUACGCAUGAAGGAGCUAGUGGAGGAGGGCUACGUGGGAGAGCUGCUGGUCUGCGAGGCCCAGGUCCACAGCGGCAGCCUGUUGGGUAAGAAGUACAACUGGAGCUGUGACGACCUGAUGGGCGGUGGGGGACUGCACUCAGUAGGCAGCUACAUCAUUGACCUGCUCACUUUUCUCACGGGCCAGCGGGCGGCCAAGGUGCACGGCUUCCUCAAGACUUUCGUCAAGCAGACGGAGCACAUCUGCGGCAUCCGACAGAUUACCAGCGACGACUUCUGCACCUUCCAGAUGGUGCUGGAGGGCGGCGCCUGCUGCACCGUCACACUCAACUUCAACGUGCCUGGUGACUUCCGCCAGGAGGUGAUCGUGGUGGGCACGGUGGGCCGGCUGACGGUCAGCGGCACGGACCUGUACGGCCAGAAGAACACCAUGGAGGGAGGGCCGGAGCUACUUCUGAAAGACAGCACCCCCCUGGAGAAGGCCUCCCUACCGGAGAAGGCUUUCAGUGACAUCCCCUCACCCUACCUGACAGGAACCAUCCGUAUGGUGCAGGCGGUGCGGCAGGCCUUUGAGGACCAGGACGACCGGCGCACGUGGGACGAAAGGCCGCUGACUAUGGCGGCCACAUUUGAGGACUGCCUGUACGCACUUUGCGUGGUGGACACCAUCAAGAAGUCCAACCAGUGCGGCGAGUGGCAGAACAUUGAGGUGAUGAAAGAGGAGCCCGAGGUAAGCCCGGCGUACCUUAUCAGCGAGGCCAUGCGGCGCAGCAGGAUGUCGCUCUACUGCUAGCACUGGCACCAAAAUGGCUGCCUGGUGCUAGAGACUGGGGGUGAGAGAGCUGUCACUGUGCCCUCAUUGGUUCGCAACCCUAAAAAAGAUGUGAACAGUGAUGAACUCUCUCCGAUCUCAUUGUCCUCUCUUCUGCAUGAUCUAUUCUGGAUUACUACGCCGCGCAUUGUGACUCUGAGAAAGGAGAGGAAUAAAGAGCACCUCCAAAAAGAAAAAGGCGUUGCUAUGGAUGCUACAGUCAGGUCAACAGAGUGGUUUAACUGUACCUCUAGAGAGGUGAAUGUUUAAUCCCCAGGGGGCUUCGGACCCUGUCUCUGUGUAUGUCUGCUGUGUGUGAAACCAGAGAAGGAAAACGCAGAAAAAUCAAUCGUUUGUCUGGUAGGGCUUUUAGUGAGGUCCCCUCCUCCGGUUAAGUAUGCAAUAAAUCCAAUCAGAGCUCCAGGCCAGUGGAAUUAUGUCAUCCUAAGCAAAAAAAGUGUGAUGGGUCCGCACUCAUUCACACUCAGAAUUAUGUCAUCCUGCCUGAAUCAAGGGAAUGCCUUUUUUGCCUGCUUCUCGUUUUUGUAGUAACGUCCAUAUGCAAUAGACCGACACAUAAUCUGUGGAUGGUGGUGCAAUCCCAUGCUAAGCCUAGGCACAUGUCUGCUAUCCCCAUGUUUUCAAUCUCAAGGUCAUGCCUGUUGCUAAGCUAAUAUCCUUAGCUUAGCCAGCUAGGUUAGCGGUGCAUGCGCUAAGGCUUCUAACACAACAGCAACGAUGUAGAGUAAAACAGUCAGUAAUAGUGUCCCUAUGGGUUAGUGCAUGGAUGGGACACUUCCACGCAUUAAACAUUUCGAUCUGCUUGUAAAGGCUAGUGUUUUGUGACUCUUUAUAGUUUGUGUGAAUAUGUAGCUUAGGACUACUAACAGAAGGGCAAGUAGAACAUGGUCUAUUUAAGAGAAGAUCUCUGGUUUUCACCUCGUCAUUUACUCAUCACUAUCCCCAUCACUAUCCACACAGGUCACAAGAGAUGAUAGUAGUACAGUAGCAGAAAUUCACGAAGCCAAAACAUUUUUGUAUUUUAUUCAAGCUCCAUCUUAUUGUUUCCCCAGUGUUGAUUGUGUUCUCAAAUUAUGCUACUGUAUAUCUCGCCAUCUGCAUUUGCCUACUUUUCCAUAGUCUUGUAUAAGUCAAAAAAGUUAAUAUGGUUUCAAAUGUGUCAUGAUAUAAAUGUACUGUAUGUAUUUGAUUUGUUUUUAAACUAUCUGCGAAAGACAGGAACUGGAACAUGUUUUGAUACACACACUGUUCAGUAUAAAAUUAUUUAUUUUUCAUUUUGGACUGAUUCGUACUGUAUCGGGAGAAGAUGUCUAGUUCGUGGGCGACAGUUGAGGUAAGAGAGGCCUUUUAGUAUUCCGUUUCUCUGUGUGUUGGUCCAUACUGUGGGAUGUCUGAAGACAAUGACUACUUUAGUUGGAGUAUAUAGACGUUUUUUUAAUCAUGUGGUCCUAAAUUGUAAUAAAUGUUGAUAGGUGCAGCCAUUUUAAGAUUUGUAGCUAUUUAACCGUUAUCGUCUGUCCAGUCACCCAUUUUUCCCUGUAUUCAUGUUUCAUUCUAUGUGGUAUAUUGUGUUUUACAGUGGGUUUUGGAACAUUUAAUAUUUUUCUGACCAUGCUCCAGUUAGUUUGUUUGGCAUUUGUGUCGUGCAAGUUAUUUUUUUCAGUAGCUUUUCAACCAACAAGACAAUCUUCUCACAUGCUGCUGACCUUUCCCAAGUUCUGUAAAUACUAUCGCACUCUGAUUGGGUGACAUGAUGUGUUCUGCAUAGAAACAUGAUAAGAUGUCACCUGUUAUACCAUUGCAGAUCAGAAUAGCUUAUCAAUACUGUAGACUUUCCCCUUUGUCCAAUGAGGACGUUUAUACCAUAAACAUGCCUUGAUCUUUUCAAUGAAACCUGGAAAACAUUAUGCUGGAAUAAACUCUCCAAAGUUGCACACUAUGGUAUAAGAACCCCCAGUUACUUGAUGGACUUUGCCAUCUAAAGGAUGGAGACAUAGAGCAACGUCUAAAGAUGUGCUCUUUCCAACUCUCUCUGUUAGUCCCCUAUAUUCCUAAACCGGGUCUAUGGCCUAAUUUCAAACAAUGCUCCUCUAAAGCUGGACCCAGAGAACAGGAGAGGAAGUCCCCUGUUGCGGCCUUAUAGGGAGGACAUAGGAACCGUGGUUUAGUCUCCAGUCUUCCAGUCUGGAUAAAACUAUAGCUUUACAUAUAUGACAGGAAAGUAAUAAGGACUAAAUUAAAUCGAACACUUGAAGUAAACCCUUGAACACUUCACAUUUAUAACGUAUGCUGAAUCAAACAUAUUAUCAUGUAAUAUCAAUGUAGGGGAGAAAAGAUCAUUGCAAAGUAGAGAGGAGUCCCUUUAGCAGUUUGAUCCAGCACCCAUGUGUAUUUAGGCUUAAUCCUACAUCUUGCUGAGGUGCUGUAGAGCAGUGCUUCUCAAACCUCUCCUCUGGAACCCCCAAAUGUGUUCCUGAUUCACCUUGUCAAGGGGUGCGUUUCUCUGCCCAGACAUUACAAUGCCUGGAUAUGUGGUUAGCUGAUACGUAAAAUACCUAUGUUAGAGCAAUCUGGUGCCCAACGGCACUGUUGAUGAGGUGGCACGUGACCAUUGGUGGAAUGGCUGGUGGUCCCCGAGGUAAGGUUUGAGGAUCACUGCUCUGGAGGCACCGUACCAUUUUCUUCUACACUGAACAAAAAUAUAAACGCAACAUGCAACAAUUGCAAAGAUUUUACUGAGUUAUAAUUCAUAUAAGGAAAUCAGUCAAUUUAAAUAAAUUCAUCAGGCCCUAAUCUAUGGAUUUCACAUCACUGGGAAUACAGAUAUGCAUCUGUUGGUCACAGGUAUCUUUCAAAAAAGGUUGGGGUGUGGAUCAGAAAACCAGUCAGUAUCUGGUGUGACCUCCAUCAUGCAGCGCGACUCCUUCGCAUAGAGUUGAUCAGACUGUUGAUUGUGGCCUGUAGAAUGUUAUCCCACUCCUCUUCGAUGGCUGUGCGAAGUUGUUUGGUAUUGUUGGGAACUGGAAAACGCUGUCGUACACAUCGAUCCAGAGCAUCCCAAACAUGGGUGACAUGUCUGGUGAGUAUGCAGGCCAUGGAAGAACUGGGACAUUUUCAGCUUCCAGAAAUUGUAUACAGGUCUUUGCGACAUGGGGCCGUGCAUUAUCAUGCUGAAACAUGAGGUGAUGGCGGCAGAUGAAUGGCACGACAAUGGGCCUUAGGAUCUUGUCACGGUAUCUAUGUGCAUUCAAAUGGCCAUUGAUAAAAUGCAAUUGUGUUCGUUGUCCAUAGCUUAUGCCUGCCUAUACCAUAACCCCACCGCCACCAUGGGUCACUCUGUUUACCACGUUGACAUCAUCAAACCACUCGCCCACACAACGCCAUACGCUGUCUGCCAUUUGCCCAGUACAGUUGAAACCGGGAUUCAUCCGUGAAGAGCACACUUCUCCAGCGUGCCAGUGGCCAUCGAAGGUGAGCAUUUGCCCACUGAAGUCGGUCACAACGGCAAACUGCAGUCAGGUCAAGACCCUGGUGAGGACGAUGAGCAUGCAGAUGAGCUUCCCUGAGACGGUUUCUGACAGUUUGUGCAGAAAUCCUUCGGUUGUGCAAACCCACAGUUUCACCAGCUGUCAGGGUGUCUGGUCUCAGACGAUCCCGCAGGUGAAGAAAACAAAUAUGGAGGUUCUGGGCUGGUGUGGUUACACGUGGUCUGCGGUUGUGAGGCCGGUUGGACGUACUGCCAAAUUCUCUAAAACGACGUUGGAGGCGGCUUAUGGUAGAGAAAUUAACAUUACAGUCUCUGGCAAUAGCUCUAGUGGACAAUCCCACUCUCAGCAUGCCAAUUGCACGCUCCCUCAAAACUUGAGACAUCUGUGACAAAACUGCACAUUUUAGAGUGGCCUUUUAUUGUCCCCAGCACAAGUUGCACCUGUGUAAUGACCAUGCUGUUUAAUCAGCUUAUUGAUAUGCCACACCUGUCAGGUGGAUGGAUUAGCUUGUCAAAGGAGAAAUGCUCACGAACACCGAUGUCAACAAAUGUGUGCACAACAUUUGAGAGAAAUAAGCUUUUUGUGCAUAUGGAACAUUUCUAGGAUGUUUUAUUUCAGCUCAUUAAACAUGGGACCAACACUUUACAUUUUGCGUUUUAUAUUUCUGUUCAGUGUAAAUAUCCAGGCCAGUUGAUGUAAAAUAUUUAAGUUGUUGAAUAUUUAAUGUCUGAAAUUAUAAGAUUUAAUCCAUCUGAUGUGUGCUGACUGAUUUAUAGAUUUGAAUUUAAUCCAGGGGUGUCAAACUCAUUCCACGGAGGGACUAGGGUCUAGUCUGACUAGGGUCUAGUCUGCCGGUUCUGUUUUUUCCUUUCAAUUAAGCCCUAGACAACCAGGUGUGGGGAGAUCCUUACUAUUUACUUAAUUCAUCAGUCAAGUUCAAGGAAGGAGCGAAACCCGCAGACUCGGCCCUCCUUGGAAUGAGUUUGACACCCGUGAUUUCAUUUCUUUAUGCCAAUUAUUAUUUUAUUUUUAUAAAGUGUAUGUUUCAGGUCACAGCUAAUAUUGGUUACGUUUUAUGAUAAAAUGGAUAUGGAUUUGAAUGGACAACUGCUGUAUUACCGUCAAAGCUGCAACACCUGGAGUAUUACUACUGCGGUCAAUACAACUGGAAAACGUGUAUCACUGUACCCGAAGGUAUUACCCUUAUAGCACUGUAGGGGUGCCAUUCUCUGAGACACUGUAGUCACUGUCUGUCUAGUAUGGAGAAAAAAAAGAGCAGUCACAUUACUUAUUGUCAUUGCUCACUUCGCUUGUGGGUUCUUACGAUCCAGCUCUUGGCUUCAAAAAAUAACAAAACUUGAAACACGGGGGAGAUGUUACAGUGUGUGUGUGCUUUUUCUGUGUUGUUUGCUGAAAUGUAUAUAUUUUAGAUCUCCUUGCUGUGCCAGCAUUUACAAACACUUGAGGAGAUUGGGGCUUCCUGCUUCAAUAUAGCUAGUAAUCUAGCUAUGUGUGAUAGAUUUGGGAAACAAAGACUCAAAUGUGGUUUGGCCACCUGACUCUGCAAUUCCCCUCCCCCUCUCCCUGCCCUCGUUGCCCUAAGGGGGUCACUCUGUUCAUAAUGAGAGAAGCAACCUCAAAGAGGUGCUUCUUGUGCACCCUCAGUUUGUCACCUAGCAACCACUGAGGCAGCCACUGUGCCAACUCAGCCCAUCUUGGAUUUUUUUCUCUCCACUCAUUCUCUCUCCUGUUCCUGUCUCUGUUUCUCUGUCUGUGGUUUGUGUUUCACUGACACACUUUCUUCCUCUCUCAACAUUUCUCUUCUUCACUCUCUUUUAUUCUCUGUCUCUCUAGAGAGAGCCAGGUCACAGCCUGGAGGACAAACUCACUCGGUGCUUCUGCAGACCACGGCUACCUUAGCAUUUAGUUCACCAUUCUGAUUAAAGAGCCUCUUAUAUUUAAGCUGUAAGAGGAAAUAUGACAUUGAUAGAUUUCCCCCACAUUUCACCUACCAUACAAAGUGUCCUUUGUCAUUCAUUAUGUCACAGACAAAGCAACCACUGGGCAAGGAAGCUUACAUUAAGCCUGCUUAUUUUGAUGAAAACAUUAUUGUUGUAAUUGUAUUAUGAUGAUGACGAUGAUGGUCAUUUGAUAUGUUAUGUCUUAUCUCAAUAUAGACAUGAUGGCAAUAGUCAGUAAAGCAAAUGACUACUGCUGUUAGUUGGGUGACUGUUUCCCUUCAUACUAAGGAAACCCUAAACUCUACUCCUACUUGCCCUAGUGUCCAUUUUCUUGACUCCAGGCUGGAGUAGCCAAUCAGGCAGUAGCCAAUCUGGUAGUCCCAGGCCCCUUUUGUUUACUGUGCUCAUUAGGUCAGAAGUGGUAACUAUGGUGACCGCUGAAAAGGGUGACAUACACACAGGAACCCUCCCCAACAGGUUAGUAAAUGCUGGUAAUCACAGUUGCUGUACCGUUCAAUUGCUUAGUUCAUGUUGAAGGAAAUGUCCAUCUUGAUGAUGUAAUGACGCUUGUUGACUAUUUAUUAUACUAUAUGUAUAUCGUGGACGCAUGGACCUUUGUAAAUAUUUUGAACCAAUAGGCUCAUAUUAAUCCGUCUUAAACUAGAGAAUGUACUGUAGGAAUAUAUUUAUAUUUUCUAUAUAUCAGAAAAUGACAGUUGUGAUUUGGGAGUUGGGUUGAGAAGAGGCGGUGGGUGUCACAUUAAGAACGGUCCUCGUUUCUCUCUUUGUGGAAUAUGGAAAGGCAUGAUCAUGUGCAUCUGUUAAUGGAGUCUUCAUUCAUUCCUUGGGCUGGCUCUGUGAACCCUUUGUCAGUGUUCUUCUGUUUGAUCUCCCCCCCUCCAGUGCUCUGCAUCGCUAUUGUGUAUGUGCGCAUGUUAAUAGUAAGCGAAGGUGUGUGAGUGUGUUGCUAGGGGGGGUAAAUGUGUCUUCUUCUGAACACAUCACCCUGGUGUUCAUGAAAGCCUGCAACAUGGUUUACCGCUUUAAAACUUGUCCGAUGCUGCAGUUUCUAGGGAUAAAAAAAAUAGAUACCUACCUA